AUGCUUUUGAAGUUCAUACCCAACACAGAAAAUGUUGUUUUCAUAUCUGACAGACACUCUUCAAUAUACCACGGCAUAUCAAAGGUUUUCCCGGCAGCUAGACAUUUUGCUUGCGUGUUGCAUCUCAAACGCAACAUAAGAACUUCUUUUAAGAACAAGCAUCUUUGCUAUUUGGUGGGAAAAGCAGCACGAGCAUAUCAUCUAUCCGAGUUCUAUACAGCAUUCAACGAAAUCAAGACCAUCAAUCCUUCUUGUGCUGACUACCUGAUUGGUAUUGGUUUUGAACAUUGGGCGAGAUCUCAUUUCCCAGGAAAUCAAUACAACAUUAUGACAAGCAAUGUUGCUGAGUCAUGGAACGCUGUUCUUCGUGAAGCUAGGGAGCUCCCAAUAAUGCCUUUGCUUGAGUAUAUAAGGUCAAAACUGAUGACCUGGUUUGCCGAACGUCGCAAUGUUUCCAAGCGGGAAAGAGGACGUAUAACCCCGAGAGUGAGUGAAAUUGUUCAAGCUAAUUUUGAAGAGAGUGGAGGCUUGCAUGUGAGCACGAUCAACAACAUGGAGUUCGACGUGAAGGAGAAGAAUGGAACAUCUUUCCACGUAAACCUCAACACAAAGACUUGUAGUUGUUUCUCCUUUCAGACAUUGAUGAUCCCUUGCGCACAUGCAAUCGCAGCAGCCAUAACUGAGAAAAUCAGCGUGGAGUCUCUUGUUUCUGACAUUUACAUUUUGGAUAAGCUAGCUUCUGCCUAUACGGAUGUUGUGUAUCAAAUAACUGAUGCGGUAUGUGGAAUAGAGCAAAUUGUUGAAGGUGGUACUGGAAAUUUGAAAAUCUUCCCUCCAGUAACUAAACGACCUCCUGGCCGACCACGUAAAAGUCGCAUUUUAUCCACCGGAGAAAUAAGGAUGAAAACACCAAGCAAGAGGCAUUUUUGUAGCCGCUGCAAGAAGACGGGCCACAAUCGAGCAACAUGCAAGGUUGCUAUAUAA